UCAGCUCGGUGCAAGGCCUGGAGACCAUGGAAGCAGCGGGCAGCGGUGCGGCCUACUUCAGGAGAGGUAGCCUCUUCUGGUUCCUGGUCAUCGUGGUGUCCUUCGGUUACCACACGUGGGUAGUCUUCUGGCCUCAGAGUAUCCCCUAUCAGAAACUUGGGCCUCUUGGGCUCUUCACACAGUACUUGGUGGAUAACCAUUUGGUACUUUUACGUAAUGGGUAUUGGCUUGCCUGGUUGAUUCAUGUUGCAGAAUCCAUAUAUGCUAUGAUUCUAUGCACUAAAAAAGGUAUCACAAAUGGCCAGGCUCGACUAUUAUGGUUCCUGCAGACAUUCUUCUUUGGAUUUGCUUCUCUUUCCAUCUUAAUUGCAUAUAAACCAUACUAUCAUAAAAAAAAGUAAAGAAGAAAUUAAAUGCGUUUUUUAAUACAUUGUAUAUUCAUUGCUACUUUGUCUAAAUCUUUUUUUUAACUUAGGGUUUUCCUAAUUGUUUCAGAAAAUAUCUGUAUUAGGAAUGGGUUGCGUUUCCUUUUUACCUCUGGCCUUAAAACUCUUCAAUCAUUAUGUACUGUAACUAAUUAUUUUCAUCACCUUUGAGCAGAGGCUACCUAACCUAGUUUUUUGAGUACCAAGGAAGCUCAACAAACAUUUAUUGAAUGCUCCUUUCAAGGCUUUAUAAUUGAGUAGAAGAGAUAAAACAUAUACAAUAGUCAGUUAACACUAAAGAGCCUAUGAAAUGAAGGGAUAACACUAGAUGAAAUUCCUUUUUUUUCUUAAAUUCUCAACUUUACAAGCAACAAAUGAGUAUUUCUAUAUAUAUUGUGAAAAAGAGGAGAGCAUUGCAUAUGAAACUGUGAAUUAAGCUUGUUUUUCUUUUUAAUCAUGUAAUAAAUUCAAAAUGUAAAUUUCA